UACUUAAAUUUAUUUAUUCAAGUUUUUUGCAUUUAUUUAAGUUCAUAUGUUUUCUCUAACUUGUUCAAUUUUUAUUUUUCUGGUUAAGAUCUUGAUCAAAGACUGUAAUAACUUAUAAGCAUACUAAUAAGUGAUGGAAUAUUAGCUGCAUACGAUUUUUAUGGAAAUUCAUUUUAAUUUGUUGCAUCUUCAAGAGAGACCGAUACCAUCGUAGAAUUAGGACUUAGGAGUUGAGACUAAUUCAACGCUACAAAACCGGUUAUAAGGUUACCUAUGUGAUUGAAACGGAGGUGACAAUGAUACCUUAUUUGGGAAGAAUACGGAACUUUCAACAGGAGGCAGAGGCUGAAAAAAGGCAAUUGCUUUGGCAACGAAAAAUUGUGCAGUUGAAUGUUGAUGCAAUUGAUAAAACAACAAAAGUCAACAUUGAUGUUUUGAAGUGGCUGAAUGAUGUGGACAAAACCAUAGAAGAGAUAGUGAAAUUGGAAAUAUUGGAUAGGCCUAAUGUUAAGAUGAGAAAUGAUUUUCUCUCAGUGAUAGAAAAAAUGAAGAUGCUAUACAACAAUUGUGAAUUUGAGUCAUAUUCGAGCACAACUUCACCUUUAAAGUCCUUUUCUUCUGAAGAUUUUGUGUGUUUUAAGUCUACAAAUGAAGCUUCGGAUGAACUUUUAGAGGCACUGCAAGAUGAUAAAACUCGAAUAAUUGGAUUGUAUGGGAAGCGGGGCUCUGGUAAAACAACAUUAGUGCAAGCAGUCCGUAAAAUGGCAAAGUAUUUAAAUAUUUUUGAUGCAGUUUUAUUUGCCACAGUGUCGCAUAAUCCAAAUGUCAUGAAGAUUCAAGACCAAUUUGCCAACUCGUUGAAAAUAAAAUUUGACCGAAAUACUACUGUUGCUAGAGCAAUAAAGAUAUAUUCGACAUUACAAAGCAUAGGUCGAAUUCUUGUGAUCUUGGAUGAUGUUCGAGAAAUUGUUGAUCCAGAGGAUUUUGGUAUUCCUUGUAACGAUAACCAGUGCAAGGUUCUUUUGACCUCACGCCAACGCCUACAAGAACCUACUUUCAUGGAAUGUCAAGCAAGGAUGAUUCGUUUGAAUGCCUUAUCCAAAGAUGAAGCUUGGACUUUGCUCCAAAAAUAUUCUGACAUAAAUGAUGAGUCUCCGUCUGAUAUAUUAAAUGUGGCGUCUGAAAUUGUGAAUGAAUGCGAAGGGCUACAUAGUACAAUCAAAGAUGUAGGAAAUUUUUUAAGAUAUAAAUCUAUUGGGGAGUGGAAAGCAUCUCUAGAUUGUCUUAAACAUUCACAAGCUCAAUGGGAAAUUUUUCUGAGUUUUAGAGGACAAGAUACUCGGCACUCUUUUACGGGAUCUCUCUAUCAUGCUUUGUGCCAAGUGGGAUUCAAGACCUUUAUGGAUGAUGGAGCAUUGCGUAAUGGGGACCAAAUUUCACCGACUCUUGUUAAUGCAAUUGAAACAUCGAGACUUUCAAUUAUUGUUUUAUCUGAAAACUAUGCUGGCUCGUCUUGGUGUCUAGAUGAACUUUCUAAGAUCCUUGAGUGCAUGGAGACGCAUAAUCAAUUGGUUUGGCCAAUCUUUUUCAACGUGGAGCCCUCGGAUAUAAGGCAUCAAAAAAAUAGUUAUGGCGAUGCCAUGGCUAAACAAGAACAAAAAUUUGGAAAUGAUUCUGCGAGAGUUAAGAAAUGGAGGUCAGCUUUGCUUGAAGUUUCUAGUUUAUCCGGAAAGACUUAUAAAUAUGGGUAUGAGUACGAAUAUAAAUUUAUUCAGAAGAUCGUCGAAGAUGCCAAGAAUAUUAAAAAUAGAUUGUACAUAAGAAGCAGCAAUAAGGACUAGAAAGAAGACUUAUGAUUCUCUUGUAGUAAUUAAAUAGUGUUGGAUGUUCAAAGUGGAUAUUGAUGUUGUUGGAGCAAUAUGGACUAGCAUUCCAUCUGAUGCAAUGUUCAAUUCAUAUGCCCCUUAAAAUUGAAUUAGGUCCACAAAGUAUUGUAAUUAUAUGAAGGAGGGUUUGUAAAAUAUAAUCAUGAAAUGACCAUGCUGUUUUUGUCUGUCUAA